AUGGAAAAGAUGUCGUUCCGACCUCAUUCCUGCGUAAAGCAUGGUUUCCCACCUGGAGCUUCAACCUGUACGAAUCUUAUUGACACUUUGUAUGACGUUUGCAGAGCUGUUAACCAGGGGAAGUCAGUAGAUAUCACUCAGCUUGAUCUGGUGGAUGCAUCUGAUAGAGUUUGUCAUCAGAAACUUCAUAAAAAAGAUUAUACUCUCAUGGUAUUCGUGGGAAUAUGUACAGGAACACGGCUGUCCGAUUUGAAACUAGUUUCUCAAGAAAUAUACUGUGCUAGUGGCGUCCCGCAA